GGAGGAGGAGGAGGAGGAGAGUCCGAGGUAUUGUCUUUACUGUUAACCGGACUGGUUUGGCUUGUCACACGCCCUCUAAGGCAGAGCAUGUAUCUCAUUCACCGACAAAAUCACGGAGGUUUUUAUUUUUAAAAAAGGACUGAAAGAACAGCCGCCAGUUUGUUGUGCCGUGACUGAAAAACUUCACAGGAUGAGCGAACGGGAGGACGCAAUAUUUAAAACCACCGGUUGCAAGUGGCUGCUGCCUGUCAGUGGAUACUUGGGCUUAUCUCUGGACCAGGUGAACUUCCUGGCCUGCCAGCUGUUUGCUUUGCUUGCUGCCUUCUGGUUUCGUCUCUACCUCAGUCCUAACCAUGCGAGCCCCACGGUCCGGCAUGCUGUCGCCACACUCCUAGGAAUCGCUUUUCUCCUCUUCUGCUUCGGAUGGUAUUCUACCCAUAUCCUCGCUGUGGUGGCUGUUAACUAUUUUCUCAUCAUUAAAGCUGACAUCAACAAUGUACACAGGUACUCCAUGGUGACAGCUAUGGGUUAUCUGACAGCGUGCCACGUGAGCAGGGUCUUCAUCUACAGCUACGGCAUACUUUCCACGGACUUCUCCGGACCUUUGAUGAUUGUAACCCAGAAGAUAACCAUGCUGGCUUUCCAUCUUCAUGACGGGAUGUGUAAGAAAAGUGAACAGCUGACAUUGGAGCAGAAGCAUGUGGCUAUACGUGUGAGGCCGUCUCUCAUCGAGUAUCUGAGUUACAAUCUGAACUUCCUGAGUGUCUUGGUCGGGCCCUGCAGCAACUACAAGGACUACAUCGAUUUCAUAGAGGGCAAACACAUCAGCUGGAGGCUAAAGCAGCACUCUGGAACGUGUAACGGGCAAAAUGGUUAUGACAAGACGCCCGACCCAUCUCCUCUUAACGCAGUCUGUCGAAAGCUGCUGGUCUGCUGCGGCUGCAUGUUCUUCUUCCUCGUCAUCACUCGGUCGUUGCCGAUUACUUACAACGUAGACGACCACUUUGUUGGCCACGCCUCCUUCCUCAGCAGGCUCACCUACGCGUUCUUCUCCAUACAAGCAGCAAGACCCAAGUUCUACUUUGCCUGGACGCUUGCUGAUGCAGUAAACAAUGCAGCAGGUUAUGGGUUCCUGGGGAUGGAUGAGAGUGGAAAACCCUGCUGGGAUCUCGUCUCCAAUCUCAACAUCAUAGGGAUUGAGACUGCAACCAGCUUUAAGACCUUCAUAGACAACUGGAAUAUUCAAACAGGGAUUUGGCUCAAAACCGUGUGUUAUGACCGAGCUGCGAAACACCGCUUGGCAUUGACCUUCAUCCUGUCUGCCUUGUGGCACGGUGUUUAUCCAGGCUACUACUUCACCUUCAUCACUGCUAUUCCCAUUACCAUAGCUGCGAGAGCUAUACGGAGGUCUAUUAGGCACUACUUCAUUGGCUCCAGAGUCCUGAAGCUCGGUUAUGACAGUGUAACUUGGGCAGCGACCCAGCUAGCCAUCUGCUACACUGUCAUCCCUUUUCUCCUCCUUUCAGUAGAACACACUAUAGUUUACUACAGAUCUAUGUAUUUCCACGUCCACAUCAUCAGUAUUCUGGCUGCAGUCGUCCUGCAUCAGAAACAUAAACCCAGAGAACCCUCUGCCACCAACAAACCUCCUCCCACCUCCUCCUCUUCCUCAGCAGCUGCAUGCUCAGCUCAGUGCCAGCCUGUUCACUCCAACAAUAACGGCAAAGUACACUGAAAGCCCCGUCCUCACAGGGUUUUUAACCGGGCUCGGAUCUUCCUAGGAGUGUGUUCUGCCUGCUCAAAGUGUGAAAAGUGUAUGCUAUUUAUUAUUUUUUGCUGCAAUACAGACGAUUGAGGCUGCAUCCCUGAUGUACGCAAUAAGAGCCUUCAGCCAUGUUGGAGGACUGGGAGAAGCUCAGAGACCGCAAGGGCAAGCGAAAGCUGAAGGAAUAUAUCUCCGAUGCAUCCGCUGCCACAGCGACCAAAUCCCCCCCUGCCCUGCCCACCCACCUCAACACCAGCGCCCCUGCUUCAACCGCAGACACACAGAGGUGGAAAGAGAAACGGAGCUCUCUUUCCUCUCCGUCCUCAGUCCAUUCUGUCCCUCUGUCCCCCUUCGACUGGUGGGACGGGAGCCAGCGCAGUGGGAGAGUGGCAAAUACCAGAACCCGCACACACAGACUCAUCUAUAAAUGGACACGAGGAAGCAAAUAUGCACAUGCUCCUCCGACAUGCUUGCACUCGGUCGCACUCUGACGGCACACAAAGGCCGCCCUUGUGAGUUCACAAAAGAGCGUGCAAAGAGGGCACAGGGCUGUGGCCGCUACGCCUACUUUACUUUGCCCAGAAGAUGUUGUAGAUUAGUGUGGGUGUGUGUGUGUGUGUGUGAAUGGUGAUUUGGCCAAAGUUAUGUGCCAACAGCUUCUGUCAGCGACAGUGUGUCAGUAUUACUCUCACUGCCUAUAGACUGGGAUGAAAACUACAGGAAACAACACAAUUCUGUCAGAAAGUCGGUUAAUCGGGAGGUUGGGGGGGUUUUUUGUUGCCGCAUCAAACAUGACUAGAAAAGUUGACAUAGGACAUUUGACUGUGAAUCACUUGGUUGAUGAAUGUGGUUUAUCCCUUUAGGUUGCAUCUCUUUCCGUUCUGAAGUAGUGUGAAUUUAAUAGUGACAUUGUUCUUAACGUGCCUAUCAUGCGUUCGGGGCUGGAUACCUGUUACUAUGAUAGAAAGGAACUGGAUAGAAAGUUGGGUUAAACCAGAAGGCAGAGGGUUCUCUUUUUUAUGGCCAGGCUGUAAACACUGGGCUCCAAGAAAUGGACAAUACAGAAAAGAGAACAGUUUGCUUUUACACUCUGAUUUUCCCUGGUAGGACGUGCCAAUUGAACAGAGACAUCUGGUGGCUGGUGGUACCAUCUAGUCUGAUCUCAAUUAAACAGUAAAAGGAUUUUAGCUGACACGGACUAAAUAGAGUCUCUUUAAGCACAGUUCACCUGCUAGGAAUCCUAAAAAUGUGUAAUUCUUAAAUUGAUGUUCGAUUUGUUUGAGUUCUGCUUCCACUUUGGCACAUUUGAAACCUCCGUUUGUGUUUCGAUCACAGAGGAAUUAUGAGUUUGGCACUGGGGAUGUGUUUGGCCAUAUUUAAAUGGGGUGUGGUUGUUAAUAAUGCUGCCUGUUGACUUUCUGAAAUUUCAGCUACAUUUAUACAAGUAGAUUUCUAGUAGAUCUCUGUAAGACAAGAUUAAAACAAAGGUGUUUUAUUCCUGCUAUAUGGGAACUCCUUUAUGACGCGAUUUGCUUCUGAACAACGUUUUACCCUUUGGGCAGAUGUGCAUUGUGGUUGUCCUUGUUUUUGCCUGAUUUAAUGACUGAUUUUCCAUUCUUACCCCCCUUUAUGUAUGCAUCUUUAGAGCCGAGGACUGAAAAUUGAUGUGUGUUUCUAAGCAUCCUGUUUCCAGUGUGAAUGAUCCUGACGGGUCCCUCUUUCCGCCGCCCAGUAACCAAUCAAAGAUGCAGGGAAUCAUGGAAAUUCUGGGGUGGGAUCAAAUUUGAACAGUCUAGCACGGCACGUCGUCGGCAGAAAACGGUGGGAGCCAACUCUCUGCUUGCUUCACUUUCAUGAAGCAAUAGAAAACUUGUUUGAGGCGCAACUGACAGGUUUUAUUAUUAUUUUUUUAAUCUGGUGAAACUCCUCCUCUCUAAUGCUCUGCACUCUGCUCCAAUCAAAUCGAGAUAUGCAUUAGAAGAAUAAACCCUGCAGGGGAAAUGUAUCCAAUGUUUUUUAACUAAGGUUUAAAUGCAAUGGCUGAAAAAAAAAAAUCUAUUCGGUUUCUUAUUAAACGUUUUCGGUAUAAUAAUAAUAAUAAUAAUAACAAUAUUGAUUAUGUUAACCUUUAAAUGCACAUCAGUGCCUCUGACAGUUUAUGAAGUUGCACUGAUGCCUGCUGAUUGUGGUUUUCUGUGAGAGUUUUUAGUAUUCAGACGUUGGUCUGGCGAUACAGUGUUAAAGGCUGAUUGCAUGCAGACCCAAUUCGAGAAAUGCUGGGCGUGUAAAAUGAAGCUUUGCCUUCCAGCUUUGUGUCCGAGCAUGGCAACCUUGGCGUUUAUUGUUGCUAAAAAUGACACCGUGCUGUUUUGUCUACAUGUGGGAAAAGCAAGAUGGGAGCAGGGAAAGGUGUGGCACGUGUGCAGUGUGAAUGCGUUGUCAGAAUGUAGCAGCUGUCUGAUUUAACACUGUUAACGAAGAUUUGUUUUGUUUGCAGACUUGCCGUCUGUAUGCACUGACUGUCGAUUGGUUUUAUUUUCUCAUGGCGUCGCUGCUCCAUUUUAGUAUUGUUUGUUUAGAGGGGAGUGAGUGGUUAAACAUUAAUCUUAAAGUGAAAUAAAGUUUCAGUGAACAAUGAUGAAAGUAAGCAACAUUUUGUAUCAUCUCUAUUUCGGCACAGAGUCGAAAUCCUCUCUAUGCAUUGCUUCUCCCAAGCUGUAGCCUCCCAUGAUAUCCUCAGGGUGGCUCCCUCCCCGUCCCUGGUGUUGCUUCUCUUUCCCUCUUUGAAACUGUCUUGGGUAUGUGCGUGUGUGUGUAUGUGUGUGUGUGCUGUGUUUUGAGCUUCCCUGCGCUUAUAGAAAUCUCAAAACGACCAGAGAAAACACAGAGGAGUAAUCACAACAACAAACAUGAUCAUUUCAUUUUAAAACUGCUAAUAAUUGUUAUUUAACAGAAAGAUGUAUACAGACAAGACUUUAUGGAUAAAGCGUUUAUUCUCUGCACAAGAAAGCCCAUCAGAUUUAAAAAAAACAAAAAAAAAACAAAAAAACCACACACAACAAACUAAGCUGUCUUGAUAAAUCUGAAAUAAGCAUCAAGCUGGACAAUGAAGUGUGUGUGUCUGUAUUAAUUGUACGAUCUGCUUUAGAAGCCAGAUCUUCAAUGUUGCUUGGGUAGCUGUGUGAUUAAAAACCGCUGUCAAGUAGAAUAACAAGUUGAAAUGCAAACCAUUAAGACUCUACCUUCAUCUGGCAAAACAGAUAAAUCUUUUUUAUCUUUAUUUGUUUCUGUAUUAAAUAAACACAAUCACAUGGUAGCUACCAGCAGCAUAUUGGCACCCGGGCAAGAUAUUUUCACUCCUUUUCCAACUUCGACAAAGUGCUGAGAGGUUGCAUUUGUAACCAGUAAAACCAAGUCUUACAUCAACAUGGGUCACGAGUUGGGCCAGUGGUUUCCAAAGUGUGGGGCGUGGCCCGAAGGGGGGGCACAGUCCCAUUGUGAGGGGGGGUACGGAUGAAUGAGAAAAACAAAAAAUACACAAAUGUCUUUCACUGUGAAGAUGGUUUGUAGUUUGUUUUGUUGCAACCUGAAGUGUGAAAUAAACUUCAGUGGAGUUUGAAAACAAAAUAUGUCUUUAGGUUUAUGUCUGGUUGGUGCCCAGUUGAUUAUUAUUAUUUUUUUCUUUUUUGGGGGAGAUUUUAUUGAAAUCCAUAGAGGGGCCCAGAAAAUCUUUAGGAACCACUGAGCUCGGCAAUUAAACUCGCAUGAGAACUUCCAUGUCCUGGAGUCUCUAAAUGCAACAAAACUAAUCUCUCUUCUGAUUGGCCAGUUUGAUUGGUCAAUGUCCAAUCAAUUUUAGACGAUCAAACCCUGUACUCCUUAUGGGCGUUUUACUUGAAAAUUUGUGCUUUUAAAUGUGGAUGGAUAAAAUCUGUACUCGUACAUCAUCUUGAUCAACUGAAGGACUCCGAUUUUUGUCUUACUGUAUAAUUUUCCCCUCUUAAUCAUAUUUUCUUUGUCCCUGGGACAGGAUCAAGAACUGAACUCACCAGGUAAAGAAACAGAUGGAUUGAUAUCUUUCUUUUAAUGCUUAAAUACACAGCAGACUAUACAGGGGAACCUUGGAAAUGUAAGCUGCGUAGUCUUAACAGAAGGAAACAAUUUGUAUGAAAAGCUAUAAAAUAAUGUAAUCACAUCUCAUGUGCUUGAAAAAUAUUUCCACCGCCCAAAAUAAAAUCAAAUGUUUAAUCAGGGUCAUGCAGAAAAUCUUCUCUUUAAGGUAAAGUGACGGGAACUGUUGCAGAAUUUUCUGAAGUUAAAUUGUAUUGUAAGAAAAUAUUUCCAGUCAAAUUCAUUUUCUUCUCUUAUGGUUUACUGAAAAAAAGGCGUCGCCCCUCAGGCCAUUAGACCAACCAGGAAAACAUGUAGUUUAAGUUUAAAACCAAACAUUUCAGAGUAAACGACACCAAGUCAGCCAGCGCACAACAUAAAACAAAAAUAUUAUUUCUUAUUUCCUAACAUGCAUCAUUAGUGCAGCCAUUAACCACUGUGCUGUCUUUUCUUUUUUUUUUUCUUGCUGAAUACAACAUUUUGGCUCAUUUUAAACUAAAUGUACCAUAUUUUAAAAUGAUGUAGGGGCCACAAAAAGUAUGGAGCAAAAACUCACUCCUUUACAUGUUAGAGUUCUGGCUGAUUAAAUUCCCUCAUCAUUCAUAUCUCACUACCAACCCGAGAGGAUACACACUUAUCUACGCAUGCAAAAUGGCAAUGUAUAAACUACAUAAAUAUUUAUAUUUCUCUGUACAUUUUGUUCAUUCUUAUAACUUCUCAGGAUUUGUAUUAUACACACAGUACAAAGCUGGAACAGUCGUAUACACCGAGUGUUUUUUGUUGUUUGUUUUAAGACCGCAUUUAGUCAGCUCAAAUCUCCUUCUGCUUAGAAGAAAAAUGCAUUUUGUGUGUGAAUAUUGCAGACUCUGGGUGCAUUUUUUUUCUUCUUCCAGGAAAGAAUAGCACAAUAUAAAUAUUUAAAGAAAAAUAAAUAAAGUUUUUAGCAGAACUACUGUGCUGUAUGAAAGCAUUUACUCCCUUACAAAUAGCUUCAAAUAUCUUCUCGUUUGGUCAAAUUGUUUGUAUCCAGUCACAUUUUGAGGGCUUUUGAGCAUCAGUGGUCUGCUUAAGGUCACGUCACCGCAUCCAAAUCUGAUUAUUGGUACUUUGACUAGGCUAUUCCAGAAUUGUCCUUUUGUUUCAUUUUUAAAUGUUUGUUUUAUUUUUGAGCGGUUCUAAGGUGGAGCUGCUGAUGUGCUUUGGAUAAAUACCCCGCUACAUAAAAUUAAAAUAUCCUUUAUCUCAAGGCUACAAACCAAUGGCCUGACAUUCUCUAUCAAGAUACAAUAGACAGUAAGAAAAAAUCUUCUAUUGAUAGUAAGGGGAGGAAAUCCUGGUUCCAUUAAUUACAGGAGGCUGCCCAGUUCCUGAAGCAGCAAUGCAGCCCCAGACCAUCACACUACCAUCUUUAACUUUGUAAAUCUUUCAAGACUGAUAAAUCUUAGUGACAUAAUUUCACUUCAGUUGUUGAAUUCUUUUAGAUCAGGGCGCGAAGUGUUGAUUUUAAAGACCUCAUGGUCAAAUUUAACCACUCAGACAUGUCUUAUUUAAGUGAUUUGUUGAUUCUAGAGCUCUGACACUGUGUGUGUGAGUAAAUUGUCCUCAACUUUCAUGAAAAAAAGCUACUUAAAAUUAAUUUGUGAUGAGACAAGGUAGCGAUUACUUAUCCCACAGGAAGCAAGCUGAGUUAUUAUGAUAGAUUUUUACAUUAAAUAGAUCUAAUCAACAUUUGAAACUGCCUUUACUCAGAAUAGUAAAGGCAGAAUUUGACUUUUUGAAAAUUAAGUACGACAAAAUGCAAAAGCUGGAAAAACUCCAUGAGGGGGCAAAUAUUUUUGUAUUUGGUUGCUUCCUUCAAUUUUAAUAUUCCAAAGACGUGCAAAAAAAUAAAAAUAAGAAAAUAAAAAUAA